AUGCCUCUCACAAAUGAUCUCCUUCAUCCCUCUCUAGAAAAGAAGAAAAAGCACAAGAAAAGGCACCCAUUGCAGCCCCAAUUCUACUUUGUGGAUGUGUAACAUCCAAAAUGCUAUGAAAUAACAAUGCUCUUGAGCUGUGCACAAACGGCAGUCUUGGGUGUAGGCUGCUCCGCUGUCCUCCAUCAGCCCACAGGUGGAGAAGCAAGGCCAACAGAGGGCUGCACCUUCAAGAGGAAACAGUAA